AUGAACAUGGGGGCAACCACGUUGAUGGUUUUCAGUGGUGAGUACUAUAAAGCCUGUUCACAAAUGCUGUAUUUUCUCUUCAAAGUCCAUCGAGGGCAUGUGAUUAAAAAAUAAACCACGGGAUGAACGAAAAGAAAAAUAAAACAUCAUCUGUGUACAGGAUAAGUACUCUAAACACUUAUGUUAUAUUUUUGAUAAACGGUCAUUAAACCAAGGCUUUAUACUCUCGGUAUGCCUGAUGGUUUACCUGCGUGAGAUAGCUUGUUCCCAACAUCAUCUCCCACCGCCAGGUUCCACAGCCCUGUCUUGCCUGUUAACCCAAGCAGGAUAAUGUAUUUGGGAGGAAACCGUCGUUGGGUGUUAGGGUUAGCGAUAUUGCCAUUUUGAUGUUUAAAUACAUCGUGAAACAAAAUCCUGUGAUAUGAUUUCUUUCUUUUAGGAGAUGUACUGUUUGUAAGAAUAAGCGCAGUCUCAGCUCCAGAAGCUUUUUCGAGCAAUAUCAAAAAAAUAUCCCUUAGAGAGCUGAUUCUUCUAAUUUAUUUCUGGUCAAUGGACAUGAGUCAGCAGAAAACUGCCCGCAUGCUGUCAAUAAACAACAACCUUGUGUGCAAACGUUUCCAAAGUCUGGAAGAUGUAUGUUCCCUGGACAUAGAUAACCCAUUUGUACCUUUUGGAGGAGCAGCAGUGAUAAAAUGCAAUGAAAGCAAGUUUAAUCACAAAGCAAAG